AGUAAAUCCCAUUUAACAUUUGGGAAGGAAAAUUCACCGUAAAGCCGUAACCUAUAAAUAAAAGAAGAUUUUUAGGAACGUUUAUUAUGCGCACCGCCGCGGAAAACCAGCACGCCGGCCGCCGCCGAUGACAACGACGGCGUCGAUAAGACCGUUAUCCCAACAAGAAUGGGAGACCUUAAUCGACGAUUACAACAACGGCGUCCCCUCCCGCCUUCAACGGUGGACCUCCGUUGACUACGGCGGCCCCGCCCUCGUCGACCUAGCUCUAGCCUCAAUUCUCCGCAAAGAUUUCUCUCACCAGCUCAAAUUCCAUCUCCUCAUCUUCCUUGAAGAGCAUUCCCUCUCUCUCUUCACCUCCCCACCGUCUUCCCUCCCACGCCUCCUCGAAACCCUCCGCCACGUCAUCCAAUCGCCGUACCCGAGCGACGCCGUCGCCGCUGUCUCCUUCUCGCUCAAAGAGCAGUUCCUCAUCUCCGCCACUUCCGUGUUCAUCGCCGUCUCCGCCUCGGUCUCACCGUACUUGGAAACCCUAGAGGGUUUAGUGGAGCUGUUGCUGACGAUCAUCAACCGUCCCAACCAUGGAAUCGACCGGCAGACCAGGGCGAUCGCUUGCGAGUGUUUGCGGGAGCUGGAAUUGGCCAUUCCGUGUUUGCUCUCAGAGAUCGGGGCUCACAUUUGGGGGCUUUGUCAGAGCGAGAGGACACACGCCGCGCAGAGCUACGUUUUGCUGUUGGCUGCGGUGUCGUGCAGCAUUGUCUGCCGGAGACCUCCGAAUGGUACCAUCCUCAAUGCUUCGACUCCGUUGGUACCAUUCAAUGUUCCGAGAUUUUUAGUUGAUGGCUACGGUUUUGACGAAGAGAAAAAUGGCGGAACUAGUUCGCAGGAUUUGGGCAGUUACAAGGAGCUGAGGAGAGUGAUUUCAUUUUUGUUAGAGUGGCCCCAGUUUUUGACACCCGCAGGGGUUUUGGAGUUCAUGAGGAUGACAGUACCAAUGGCAAAGGCACUUGAGCUGCAAGCAUCUUUGUUGAAGGUCCAAUUUUCGGGGUUGAUCUAUACAUAUGAUCCCUUACUGUGCCAUGCUUUUCUAGGGAUGUACAUGCAAUUUUUGGAUUCAUUUGAUGGCAAAGAGGGUCUUGAAAUUGCUGAUAGGUUGGUGUUGCAAAGCAAAGAAUGCUCCCAAAACAACGUUUUCAGAUUGCUUAUAGUUCACUGGUUAUUAGAUUUAUUUAGAUCCAUUGUAGAUAGGGAUGCGAGCAAGAAGAGAAAUGUUGUGGAUAGGAGUUUGAGUUUUUACCCAGCUAUUUUCGAUUCACUGGCCUUGAAGUCUCUGAAACUUGAUUUAGCUGCCUAUUGUUCUGUUUUGCUUGAUGACAUUGGACCUCCGAGUAAGCAUGGAAAUGGUUCACUGACUGUGGAGGCGCCUGCAGCAAAGCUACUCAAAGAUUGCCUUAUUUGUGUAUCUACUUUUAAAUGGUUGCCUCCGUGGAGCACUGAAACUCUAGUGGCCUGCCGUACCUUUCACAAGUUUUUGGUUGGUGCAUCAUCACAUUCGGACAGUAAUCACUCUGAAUCUUCUUCACAUAUGCUAGUCAUCCAGUCACCAGUGUUUCAUACUUUACAGAGCAUGCUUGUGGAAUCAACCUUAAACCAUGCUGGACUAGUACCUGUGAUUGUUUGCUUUGUUGAUCGUUUGUUGGGAUGUUACAAACACCACUGGUUGGGGAAGUGGCUGCUAGAGACAUUGAAUGAGUCUUUCCUCCCCAAACUGAAAAUAGACUAUAAGUUGGGAUGUCACUUCCCUGUUCUAGAAAGAAUUGCUGAGAAUCCUAAAGUAUCUCCUAGUGGCUUGAUAGAGCUCCUUGCCAAGUUCAUGAAUUUUCUCGUUGAGAAUCACGGUCCAGAAACAAGUUUAAAGUCUUGGUCUCUGGGCAGUAAAGUUCUCGGAAUUUGUCGGACAAUGCUGAUCCACCACCACAGCUCCAGCUUGUUCCUUGGCCUAUCUCAUGUUCUUGCAUUCACAUGCCUUUCUUUUCCUGAUUUGGAGGUUCGGGACCAUGCUAGGACCUAUUUGCGGAUGCUGGUUUGUAUACCAGGAAGGAAGCUCAGGGACUUGCUCAACAUUGGGGAGCAGCUUCCUGGCAUUUCACCAUCUACACACUCUAGUUCGUUCUUAAAUCUUCAGUCACCCAUCCAUCAUCAGUCACCCAUCCAUCACGACCUUAAGAAAUCUCGAAGCAUCUCAACCUACAUAUAUCUUGAGCGGAGUGUGCCGCUUUUAGUGAGACAGUCCUGGUCUUUGGCAUUACCAAAUCUUAGCUUUGUCAGUGAGGAGUCUUUGCUAGAAAGCAAUGGGGACCAGAAAAUCACAAGUGAGCAAAAUGGACUUGACAGUACCACUAAUGGCACAUUUUCUGAUAUAAGAACAAUUGGCCAUCUGCAGGAGCCACUACGUGUAAUGGACACAAAGGAUUCCAAAAUUGUGGAAAUCUUAAGGAGGCAUUUCUCCUUCAUUCCAGAUUUUAGGUACUCGACAGGAAUCAAGAUCAUAAUACCCUGUAGUUUAAGAUUUGAUUCAGAAGUAUUCAAUAAUUCUGGGCAUAAUAACAUAUCAAGUGACUUGGACGAGGUAGAUGCAAUUCCAGCAUUGUACGCAACAGUGCUCAGGUUUUCGUCUUCUGCUCCUUAUGGGAAAAUUCCUUCAUAUCAUGUGCCUUUCCUUCUUGGUCAACCCAGCAGAAAGGACUAUUCAUUCAGCAAAACUAAUACACUGGAGAUUGUUCCUGUUGGAAAUGGUUCUGUGGAAGUGGAAGAAGAAGAGAGGUUCCAGGCUCAUGUAAUGAUUGAGUUGGAACCUCGAGUACCCCAACCAGGUCUUGUUGACGUACACAUUCAAGCAAAUGCAGAAAAUGGUCAGAUUUUGGAAGGGCAGCUUCAUGGUGUCAAUGUGGGAAUUGAAGAUAUGUUUCUGAAAGCUAUUGUCCCUGAAGACAUCCCAGAAGAUGCUGUGCCUAACUAUAACCUUGACCUGUUCAAUGCUUUGUGGGAAGCAUGUGGUACAUCAUCCAGCACUGGGCGCGAGACUUUUGUUUUAAAAGGUGGCAAAGGGGUUGCUGCAAUCAGCGGAACACAGUCAGUGAAGCUGCUCGAGGUUCCUUUUAUGGCUCUGAUUCAAGCCAUUGAGCGAUGCUUGGCACCUUUUGUUGUAAGUGUAACCGGUGAGUCACUCAUUCGUAUCGUGAAAAGUGGGGAAAUAAUCAGAGAUGUAGUCUGGAAGGAAUUUGAAUCAGACGUAAUAACUGAAGUUUCACAUUCAGAUGCCAGGAUUGAUCAAGGUCCUCUUUGUAUUCAAUACGUGGGAGAUGAAGACGAAACUGAAAAGGGGGCAGACAUUCAACCAGUUAAAAAGGACAUGGGUACAUUCUUGAUAUUGAUAUUCCUCCCGCCAAGAUUCCACCUCCUUUUUAAGUUGGAGGUUUCUGACGUUUCAACGCUUGCACGGGUCAGAACUGAUCACUGGCCAUGUCUAGCUUAUGUCGAUGAACUUCUGGAAGCUUUAUUCUAUGAAUGAAAGAUUCUUUUGUUGUACAAAGAACUGACUACGGCCUACAAUUUGUUUUCCCGACCAAAAUUUUGAAUUGCUAGAGCUUCUUGUGUAUAACGGAAAAUAGUAUGUAUGGUUUUCCUUUUCGGAGUAUUGAUAAUGUCUAGUAGCAGAUUCCGCGGCCUAAAUUUUUUUUGCAAUAAUCGCUUUGAUGAUGUAUUUCAGUGUUUGAGAUGAAUAUUAAUCAAAUAGCAAAAGAAAUUAAAAUAAGGGAAACCAUUAGUUAUUAUUUUGAGUUUGGAUGGCAUGGUCUAAACUUUGG